GCGGGCCCCCGACACCUCCCUCUUCGUGCCCGUGCCGCUGAGGCCUGCCGACGGCGCGCCCGGCGAGGACGUGGGCGCCGAGCUCACGCGCCCCCUCGACAAAGGUGAAGUUCUAAAAAACUUGAAUAAGUUUUACAAAAGGAAAGAAAUCCAGAGACUAGGAGCAGAAAAUGGCUUAGAUGCUCGCCUUUUUCACCAGGCGUUUAUAAGCUUUAGGAAAUAUAUCAUGGAAUCCAGUUCUGUGAGUGCUGAUUUGCAUAUUAUUCUCAAUGAUAUAUGCUGUGAUGCAGGUCAUGUGGAUGAUCUCUUUCCAUUUUUCUUGAGACAUGCAAAGCAGAUUUUUCCAAUGCUGGAUUGUAUGGAUGAUUUGCGCAAGAUCAGUGAUUUAAGAUUGCCGCCCAACUGGUAUCCAGAAGCCAGGGCUAUUCAAAGAAAAAUAAUAUUCCAUGCUGGUCCUACAAACAGUGGAAAAACUUACCAUGCUAUCCAGAGAUUUUUAUCAGCAAAAUCAGGAAUAUACUGUGGUCCACUAAAACUUCUGGCUCAUGAGAUCUUUCAAAAGAGUAAUGAUGCUAAUGUGCCAUGUGACUUGGUGACAGGAGAAGAGCGUGUGUAUGUCAAUGAAGAUGCCAGACAAGCUACACAUAUUGCUUGUACCAUUGAAAUGUGCAGCACAAGUACGCCUUAUGAAGUUGCUGUGAUUGAUGAAAUUCAGAUGAUCAGAGAUCCUGCUAGAGGGUGGGCUUGGACAAGAGCCCUUCUAGGGCUCUGUGCAGAAGAAAUCCAUGUUUGUGGAGAAGCUGCUGCUAUUGAGUUGGUGACAGAACUCAUGUACACUACAGGGGAGGAGGUUGAGGUUCGAAACUACGAGAGACUCACUCCUCUUACUGUGUUGGAUUAUGCCUUAGAAUCUCUAGAUAACCUCCAGCCGGGGGACUGCAUUGUGUGUUUCAGUAAGAAUGACAUUUAUUCUGUCAGCCGACAGAUUGAAGCCAGAGGAUUAGAAUGUGCUGUCAUAUAUGGCAGUCUGCCACCAGGAACAAAACUUGAACAGGCAAAGAAAUUCAAUGAUCCUGAUGAUCCAUGCAAAAUUUUAGUUGCUACAGAUGCGAUUGGAAUGGGACUCAACUUAUGUAUAAAAAGAAUAAUUUUUAACUCUAUAGUGAAGCCAAAUAUCAAUGAAAAGGGAGAGAAGGAAAUAGAUUUAAUUACAACCUCUCAGGCUCUACAAAUCUCGGGUAGAGCUGGGCGUUAUGGCUCGUCUUUUAAGCAAGGAGAAGUCACUACGAUGCAUCGAGAUGACCUGCUGCAGCUGAAGGAAAUUUUGAGUGAGCCUGUGCGGCCUUUGAAGGCAGCUGGCCUGCAUCCUACUGCUGAGCAGAUAGAAAUGUUUGCUUAUCAUCUACCUGAUGCCACCCUCUCCAAUCUAAUUGAUAUUUUUGUGAGUCUCUCACAAGUUGAUGGACUCUACUUUGUCUGCAAUAUUGAUGACUUUAAAUUUCUAGCGGAUAUGAUUCAGCACAUUCCACUAAAUUUGCGAUCACGGUAUGUCUUCUGCACUGCACCCUUGAACAGAAAGGAGCCCUUUGUGUGUACAACAUUGUUAAAGUUUGCAAGACAGUUUAGUAGAAAUGAACCUUUGACGUUUGACUGGCUCUGUCGGCACACCAAAUGGCCACUAGCCCCGCCAAAGAAUAUCAAGGAACUUGUGCACCUCGAAGCUGUUCAUGAUGUUUUUGACCUCUAUCUGUGGUUAAGUUACCGCUUCAUGGAUAUGUUCCCUGAUGCUGCUCUUGUAAGGGAUAUUCAGAAAAAACUAGACAACAUUAUACAAAUUGGUGUCUGCAACAUCACGAGGCUGAUUCGGGCUUCGCAGUCUACUGCUGCUUCUGGAGCAGCAGUAGCUGUGUCAGAAGAAUUUCCUCUUUCAAGGACUAAGAGGGAUACCAGGCUGAUGUCAGACCUUCAGGGGGGAAAAUCUACAGUGCAACUCCCUACUGCGCUGGAGGCUCCAGGAGAGAAAAGAGCAAAGGGCUUGAAAGCCUAUAGGUCCACUGCAAGGCAGGAGGACGUGAAAACCCAUGGACGUGGAUCUCUUGCUGACAGAUUGCUGCGUGAAGGACUUCUAACGCAAGAGAUGCUGAGACAACUGGAGAGUGAGUGGCAGGUUCAGCACAGGAAUGGUAGAUAUAGCUCUAGUGCAAAAAGAGAUCAGAAUAGUUCGAAGGAAACAGGGAAAAAGAAAAAAUAAUUCUGUUUAGUUUUUAUCCAUAAAAUAAAACUAUUUUAAUAACUUGACAUUUCAUGAUUACACUGCUGCAGCUCUUUAAUGUUUUUCCUUCUCUUGUGACCAGUUGCAUGAAGCAAACACUCGGAGGAAUGGACUCAUGUAAGGUUAGAGGCCAAAAAUUGCUUUUACCAGCCAGCUGUACACUGCAGUCAUAGUGUUCAGCGUAAGUGUAUGGUAUGAUGCUAUGUGAAAAUUUGAACGUAAUGUCGUCUUGCAAGAUACCCUUGCAGUGCUAAUAAAGGUCAGCUAUUUCACUAGUAA